AUGAACUAAAAAGAAAAUCUAAAAUAAAUACAAGAGACUUUAAAUAUUCAUCCUCAUCAUAAUAUUGGAGAAUUUACUUUGGAAUCUGAAUAAUCAGGAAAUUAUAAAAUUAUUUCAAAAGAAUAUGAUGCACAAACUUUAGAAGAAUAUCUGUAAGGGAGAAUUAAUUAUUGGCCAACUAUCAGUGAAAUAUAUAACAUAAUAAUUCAAGUCAUUGAGGCAUGUGUUCAUUUGGAAUAAUUAAAUAUAACUCAUAGAAAUUUGAAUAUGAAAUCAAUUUUAAUCUAAUAACUUCGAGAAAAUAUUGUAAUUGUGAAAGUAUUUAUUCUUUUAUAUAUUUCUAAUCAGAUUGUUGAUUUUAGUUCAGCUAUUAUUGGUUCCUUUUCGUUAUCCUAAAUUGUAAAUGAACCUCCUUUCUAAGCCCCAAAAAUUGUAGAACAAGAAAAAUAUAAUAGUAAAUGCGAUAUCUAUUCAGUAAUUCUUUGAGGCUAUGAGUAGUUAGGGAUUAUUUUAUAUCAAUUGUGUUUUAAAGAAUUAAACACUGAAGAGCUUAUUUCUUAAAAAUUAGGCUGUUAAUAAAAUAGAUUUGCAUUCAAAGAUCGAAUUUUGAAUAUGUUGAUGGAGAAGAUGCUUGUUCGUGACCCAAUAUAGAGAUUUGGAUGGAAUGAUUUAAAAAAACUAGAAGCCCUUAAGCCUCAACUAAUAAUUUUAAAAAAUAGAUAUCUGAUAGAUAAAAAAGGCCCCGUGGGAAAAGGAUAUUAAGGGGUAUUGUAUAAGACUUAUGAUCUGUAAAAUCUUGAAAUUACUUAUUGCACAAAAAUUAAUAAUUAAAAAGAAAGUUUCUAUAACGAAAUAUCAAUUAGUGCUCUUAUUUAGUAACAAAGUUUGAAUAAAAAAUGUAAAAACAUUAUACAAUUUUUUGAAAUUUUCAAAUAAAAUCAUACUGAAUAUAUUAUAAUGGAAUAUUGUGAAUUAAAUCUUGAUUAAUAUUUUGAGGAAAAGAAUUAUUUAAUGACAGAAGAGGAGAUAUUAAAUCUCUUAUCGUCUGUAAUAAAUGGAUACACACAUUUGAAGGGUUUAGGUAUUAUACAUAGAGAUAUCAAGCCAUCAAAUAUAUUAUUAAAAGAAGUUGAUGAUAAAAUAGUUUGGAAAGUUUAUUAUUUAAUAAUAUUAAAGCUUAUCGAUUUUGGUUGUGGAAAACUGUUGAAUUAGGACUUAACCUACACUAAUUUAGGAAGUGAAUUGUUCAAAGCCCCCGAAAUUAUUGAAAAUUAUCCCUAUAAUUAUCAAUGCGAUAUAUUUUCUGUAAUAUUUAAUGUAUACUUUAGUUAGGAGUUGUUUUGCAUUACUUAGUUUUUGAAGGAUAGCAUUAUUUUGGUUAACAAAAGGAUGAUUUUUCAUUGAGAUCAUACUAAUUAUCUUUAAGAGAUAAGCCAUUUUAGUGUCAAAAACCAUAUAAAAAAGUAAAUUUGAAUCAUUAUCUUAAGUUUUCAAAUAAUUUGCUCCAUGUGAUCGACAAAAUGUUGCUGUACAAUUCAGAAGAAAGAAUUGAUUGGAAUUCACUUUCAUAAGAGGUCAAUCUUAUCUAAAAUUAAAUUACGAAUGAAUUUUAAAAAUAGUUUGAGAAGGAUGUAUAAAUUAACAAUCUGGAUGAUCAUGAACCAAAAGAACCGCAAAAUUAAGACAAAAGUGUUUGGAGUGAUAAUUCACAAUCCCACAUUUUAUUUGAAAAAGGGAAGUUUAUAAAAUAAUUUAGGUAGAAAUUUAUAUUUGGAGAAUAAUUUUUAAGAGGCUAUAAUGGUUUUAGACUAAUCCUUAAAUUUGAAUAAGAAUGAUACAUAAGCACUCUUUUUCAAAGGUUUAGACAUUCUAAAAUAUUAGCCGAUAGUUUACGAAUGUUAGGCUGUUAUAAUGAAGCAAUUGAAUAUAUAGAUAAGAUAUUAUAAACACAUUAAAAUGAUGUUAAUGCAUUAUUGUGUAAAGGUAGAAAUCUUAAUAAGAUUAGCUGAUUGCCUAAAAAUGAUAAAUAACUUUGAAGAUUCUAUAUAUUGGACAGAUAAAGUAUUAUCGAUUGAUCCAAAUCAUAUAAAUUCUUUGUUUUGUAAAGGUAUUUCUACCAAUAUUUUAGGUGAUUGUUUAAAAAGAAAAGGUUUAUUUGAUAGUGCAAUUUAUUAUAUUAAUAAAGCGUUAUUGAUAAAUUCUGAGCACUUAAACUCAAUGUGGUGCAAAGGUAGUUUAGUUAUGAUUUAUCAGGUGAAAUCUUAAAAUUGAAUCACCAAUAUCAAGAAGCCAUUAUUUGGGUGGAUAAAGUUCUAUUACAUGAUAAUGCACACGUCAAUUCCCUAUAGUGUAAAGGUGAUCAAGUAUAAUUAUAAAAGCUGAAAUCUUAUAUAGAUAAGGAAAUUAUAAGGAAGCUAUCAUUUGUACAGAAUAAGCUUUAAAAAUUGAUUCUCAACAUGUAAAUUCAUUUUGGUGCAAAGGUAUUUUUCCAUGAAAUAAUGAGCUGAAUGUUUAAGAAUGUUAAAGGAAUAUUAAGAAGCCAUUAUUUGGUCAGAUAAAGCAUUAUUCAAUGAUUAAAAUCAUUUAAGCUCUUUAAGAUGCAAAGGUAAAAGGAAAUUAAAAAAUAGCUGAAAGUUUAAAAAUGUUAAGUAAAUACGAAGAAGCCAUUACUUGGGCAGAUAAAGCACUUUCCAUAAAUUCGUACCACAUAAACUCUUUAUAUUGUAAANGCAUUACUUAGUUUUUGAAGGAUAGCAUUAUUUUGGUUAACAAAAGGAUGAUUUUUCAUUGAGAUCAUACUAAUUAUCUUUAAGAGAUAAGCCAUUUUAGUGUCAAAAACCAUAUAAAAAAGUAAAUUUGAAUCAUUAUCUUAAGUUUUCAAAUAAUUUGCUCCAUGUGAUCGACAAAAUGUUGCUGUACAAUUCAGAAGAAAGAAUUGAUUGGAAUUCACUUUCAUAAGAGGUCAAUCUUAUCUAAAAUUAAAUUACGAAUGAAUUUUAAAAAUAGUUUGAGAAGGAUGUAUAAAUUAACAAUCUGGAUGAUCAUGAACCAAAAGAACCGCAAAAUUAAGACAAAAGUGUUUGGAGUGAUAAUUCACAAUCCCACAUUUUAUUUGAAAAAGGGAAGUUUAUAAAAUAAUUUAGGUAGAAAUUUAUAUUUGGAGAAUAAUUUUUAAGAGGCUAUAAUGGUUUUAGACUAAUCCUUAAAUUUGAAUAAGAAUGAUACAUAAGCACUCUUUUUCAAAGGUUUAGACAUUCUAAAAUAUUAGCCGAUAGUUUACGAAUGUUAGGCUGUUAUAAUGAAGCAAUUGAAUAUAUAGAUAAGAUAUUAUAAACACAUUAAAAUGAUGUUAAUGCAUUAUUGUGUAAAGGUAGAAAUCUUAAUAAGAUUAGCUGAUUGCCUAAAAAUGAUAAAUAACUUUGAAGAUUCUAUAUAUUGGACAGAUAAAGUAUUAUCGAUUGAUCCAAAUCAUAUAAAUUCUUUGUUUUGUAAAGGUAUUUCUACCAAUAUUUUAGGUGAUUGUUUAAAAAGAAAAGGUUUAUUUGAUAGUGCAAUUUAUUAUAUUAAUAAAGCGUUAUUGAUAAAUUCUGAGCACUUAAACUCAAUGUGGUGCAAAGGUAGUUUAGUUAUGAUUUAUCAGGUGAAAUCUUAAAAUUGAAUCACCAAUAUCAAGAAGCCAUUAUUUGGGUGGAUAAAGUUCUAUUACAUGAUAAUGCACACGUCAAUUCCCUAUAGUGUAAAGGUGAUCAAGUAUAAUUAUAAAAGCUGAAAUCUUAUAUAGAUAAGGAAAUUAUAAGGAAGCUAUCAUUUGUACAGAAUAAGCUUUAAAAAUUGAUUCUCAACAUGUAAAUUCAUUUUGGUGCAAAGGUAUUUUUCCAUGAAAUAAUGAGCUGAAUGUUUAAGAAUGUUAAAGGAAUAUUAAGAAGCCAUUAUUUGGUCAGAUAAAGCAUUAUUCAAUGAUUAAAAUCAUUUAAGCUCUUUAAGAUGCAAAGGUAAAAGGAAAUUAAAAAAUAGCUGAAAGUUUAAAAAUGUUAAGUAAAUACGAAGAAGCCAUUACUUGGGCAGAUAAAGCACUUUCCAUAAAUUCGUACCACAUAAACUCUUUAUAUUGUAAAGGUAUUCAAUUCUUAACGAAUUUAGCUGAUAGUUUAAGAAUGCUGAGCAAAUACCAAGAAGCCAUUGAGUAUUCAGAUAGAGUUCUAUCAAUAAACCCGAAUCACAUUAAUGCUCUACUUUGUAAAGGUAAUAAAAAUUAAAUAUGUCAGCUGAUAGUUUAAGAAUGUUGUAUUAGUAUAAAGGUGCCAUUAUUUGCUUAGACAAAAUACUAUAAAUAGAUUCAUAUCAUUUAAUUUCUUUAUUUUGCAAAGGUAAUUAACAUAAUUUGAAUUGAAGGGGAAUCAUUACGUAUGUUAAAAUAAUACAAUGAAGCUCUAUCUCAAUAUUAUUUGAUUCUCUCAAUCGACUCCAACCACAAACAAUCUCUUGCAUCUAUCGGUCAUUCAAAUUUAUAAUUUCUUAGAAGUAUGCCUAUAAGAUUAAAUGAAUUUAAAUGGAGAAUUAGACGUUUAUAAUAAGGUCAUUUCAAUUGAUCAUAAUG